AUGCAGAACCCUGCCAAUCCAAGGAAAACUGUCCUGGCACUGAGACCUUCAAUCACGAUAUAUGGCCAUACUAUUCAUCCCUUGCACUCACACAAGUUUUUAGGAGUCAUCAUUGACCAAGAACUCAGAUUCAAAGAACACGCGGCACACGCUCUCAUGAAAGGCACCACCUACAUCAUGGCAUGUAACAGGAUGGUCAAGGUAACCAAAGGUAUCAAAGGUAAACUGAUGCACAGACUCUUCAAAAGCGUAGUACUGCCAAAAAUGAUGUACGUGGCAGACGUCUGGUGCUCGGGUCUAGUAUCCAAAGGUAAUAGUCACAAAUCCAGGGGUAGGGGAGCUAGAGGUUUCGCCUCAAAAAUGGCACAAGUACAGAGAAUUGCCUCCACCCUCAUCACUGGGGGAAUGUGA